AUGGAGCCGUGUAUCUCGUUGCCAUUGGAGAAAUCACUCCUAGAUGACGUAGUCGCUCAGAGUAAAGACUUUGCUAAUGUACAUGGAAUAGUAAUGAGAAGACGAGAGACACCUCUCUCAUCAGAUGUUGUAUGUUUCACGCCACAUACCCUAGUGCCAUCUCCUGUGCCAAAGAAAUUAUUUUAUCAAUCCUUUGAUGUACAAAAUGAUUUCCAUUUAUUGAUGCAUGGUAUCAGUCGUGACUACCAAUUUCUCAAGUCAGUACUAUCCAGUUCAAUGCAACAUGAUGAGUUCCAGAAGAAACUGUUUGACAUUUACGAAGAAGUUUAUAUCAAUAAUAUACCAUGUCAGUCCAUUAUGUUAGGAAUGCUACGAUGUGACUAUAUGUUUGAUUGCACUGGUGGAACGGACAUAUCAACAGACAAAAUACAACUGAAACAAGUUGAAGUAAAUACCAUUGCCAGUGGUUUGGCAGGACUUGGAACCCAGUGUACUCGUCUUCAUAGGUUUAAUCUGGAAAAUCUCGGAAAAUCGGAAAUUGCAAGUAGUUUACCAGAAAGUAAAGCCGUGGGUAAAAUGGCUGAAGGCUUUGUCGAAGCUUGGAAACUGUAUGGCAACAACAAAGCCGCCAUCUUGUUUCUCAUUGAAGAAGUGUCGUGGAAUAUCAUGGACCAAAGAUGGUUGGAAUAUGAAAUUCGAAAUCUCGAUAAAUCUAUUCCGAUUAUAAGAAGAUUGUUCAAAGACGUUGUUGAAAGAGCUAAAAUAGAAGACAAUAAACUUAUCAUCUUCAAUUUCCUGUACAACCACAUCAUCAAUUAUCUAUGCAUUACAUACACAAAUAUGUUUCCUCUUCUGGGAUAUGCCCUUCCAGUGACCAUUGCCACAUUUGUGUUAUUGGACGGUAACCUUUCGUUUAACGGUAAUAACCUAUUUGGCGAGGACAUUAAGACCAAGCUGGAACAGAUCGGUGAAGACAAAAGCCGAGCUGGGUACAUCUUGAUGGACAAAAUUGAACCACUUGUAGUUACUAACUAUACAGUGCAAAGUGAGAAGGACGUUGAAAUCCGAAAAAUGGUCAGCGAAAUUGGAAUAUUUGGUGCAAUUAUCAGUAAUGGUGAAAAUGUACCCUUCAAUUCUACAUGCGGCCAUAUUUUAAGAACUAAGACAGUAUCGUCCAAUGAGGGAAGUUUUGCUGGCGGGAGUGCUGUUAUAGAUAGUCCAUUCCUUGUGUAG